CUGCUUCCCUGCUCAGGCAUCCUUGCGGAAAAGGCCCAGGGGCUGCCGGCCUUCCCAGCACAUCUCCCUCCCCACCACGCUCUGGGUGAAGGCGGCUUUGCUCACCGCCUGCGCGUCCACCCCACGACAGCAGAAUGCCGUACUGUCGUCUCUGGCAUUGACAGUGUCCGUUCGCCUACCUGAGAAGAUGCUGGGGUCAUGCUGGCCUGGGGAGGGGAGCCCAUCUCUAAUGUCCCAUGAGCAAGGGCUCCCCACUGAGCUCAGGUGGACCCAGAAAACCCUCCCACAGCCCCUGAGAUGGAGGGAAGGGCUCCGGCUCAUUCCCCACUCCUCAGAGUCAUCUCUCCCUCAGAACCAGAUAAGCAUGUAGGCUGCGGCUGCAUGUACAGGAAUGUUGGUGUGGGCAGGGUUUCUCCAGAUGCCUGAACCUCCAUUUCCCUCUCUGUACCAUGGGAUAAAGGGACUUCUGGUCCUCCCGUGUUGUUUUGGAUGUGGAUAGCGAGAGAGAAUGCAGGAAAGGGGCGAACAUGCCCAUCUGGCACUCUCUGAGUGUCACAGGAACGUAGCUGGGACUGGAACCCUGCCUCCACCACGGACUGGCUGUGUGACCUUAGGUGAGUUUCUUGGCCUCUCUGGGCCUGUGUCCUCCUCUGUCAGAUUGGUGAUAAUUUUCUCUCUCUCGUAAGAUUGAGACUGAGGGAGGAGCAAGGUAAAUAAUAAGGAAGUGUUCAGAAUGGUGCCUUGGGUGUUAGAAGCCUUGGCCAUAGCUGUGAGAAGUGGCACACGCCUGUGAUCCCAGCUUGGGAAGGUGGAGGCCGUCCUAGGCUGUGUGGAGAGACGAUGCCACCCCCUUCGCAGUAGAAGAAAGACUUGAACGUUUGAAGUGAUGAGAAGACCCGAGGCUCAACUUCAUGGAUGGCGGGCUUGAAGUUUCAGCCCCGCUCCUUCAGCUGUGUGGCCCUGGGGAGGUUCUCCGAGACCUCCCGGAACCUCAACUCUCCUGUGACGCACAAAGCCUACAAAUCCGAUGAAGGGGGAAGCUGCUGGGCGGCCACAGCCGGGAGCCUGGUACCCAGGUGGCAUCCUGAAGGACAGGGAAGGAGAGAAGUUUUGAUGGGAGUUGACCACGCUGGGAGCUGGUUUCCCAGCGUGCGGACAGUUGUGCCGAGGGACCCCUCCGGCCACGCACCCACAGGAUUUAUCUUGACUGUGUUCCCCAAGCCCCUGCCUUCCUCGUGAUGGCUGCACUGAACUGCCAUGGCUGCAGGUCCCUCUUCACCCCUGUGCGGAGAGAAGCGGCCACAGAACCUGAUCAGGUGGUGGCUCUGAGUAAGAGAAGCCAGGAAGCAGAGGCAGCGCUCCUGAGUGUUUAUAAGCAAUUAAUUGAAGCGCCAGACGCUAUUCCUUCUUUUGAGGUGGCGCGGACUCUGGACGACAGACUGCAGCGCCCCAGCUUUGACCCCAGUGGGCAGCGCCUACAAGACGUGCACGUCUCGUGGAAGAGGUGCCCAGAGCCGCCCAGUGUCAGAGAGCAGAACGAGGGGACGUGCCCUACCGGGCACACGCCGGCCAACGGCAGCCACCUGCACACCCAGCACACCCUCCUGACAGACACCUUGUUGCAGAAGGAUGAGGCCGAGAGACAGAAGGGCCUCCAAGAAGUCCACGUCACCUUGGCAGCCAGGCUGGGGGAGGCAGAGGAGAAAAUCAAGGUGUUACAUUCAGCGCUAAAAGCCACACAGACGGAGCUGCUGGAGCUGAGGAGGAAAUAUGAUGAGGAGGCUGCGUCCAAGGCAGAUGAGGUCGGCCUGAUCAUGACAAACCUUGAAAAAGCCAACCAGCGAGCAGAGGCUGCCCAGCGGGAGGUGGAAAGCCUGCGGGAGCAGCUGGCCUCGGUCAACAGCUCCAUCCGCCUGGCUUGCUGUUCCCCCCAGGGACCCGGUGGGGAGAAGGUGAGCUUCGCGCUGUGCUCAGGGCCCCGGCUGGAGGCAGCCCUGGCCUCCAAGGACAGAGAGAUCCUGAGGCUGCUGAAGGAUGCCCAGCAGCUACGACACUCCUUGCAGGAGCUGGAGGAGGUCUCAGCCAACCAGAUCGCUGACCUGGAGCGGCAGCUAGCAGCCAAGUCUGAGGCCAUAGAGAAACUACAAGAAAAGCUGGAGGCCCAGGCUGACUAUGAAGAGAUUAAAACAGAGCUGAGCAUCCUGAGAGCCAUGAAGCUGGCCUCCAGCGCUUGCAGCCUCCCGCAGCCUUGCUUCCCGUCUCCUCAGGCCCUGACCAAGCCGGACGACCCUCUGCUCAUGGCCAAGGAGGCCUUCUUUCCCACACAGAAGUUCCUGCUGGAGAAGCCAGCGCUGUUGGCCAGCCCUGAGGAGGAUCCCUCGGAGGACGACUCUAUCAAGAGUUCACUGGGCACGGAGCCCUCCUACCCUCCUCAGCUUCCACCUCCACCAGGCCCGGAAGACCCACUGUCCCCAAGCCCUGGGCAGCCACUGCUGGGCUCCAGCCUGGGUCCUGAUGGGCCAAGGACUUUCUCACUGUCCCCCUUCCCCAGCCUGGCACCCACGGAGAGGCUGGCCGGGGACCCCCUGCUGCCCAAGCACAUAAUGGGCCCUGCGGCUGCCUUCAAAGGGGAGGCGGGCAACCUGCUGGCAUUCCCACCGGCCUUCUAUGGUGGUGCCAAGCCUCCGGCGGCUCCCGCCACCUCCGCGCUGGGCCCUGAGCCCGCUGGGGCCCCGGAGGCUGUGGACGGGGCUGGGCCCGAGGAGGAGCAGCUGGACACGGCCGAGAUCGCCUUCCAGGUGAAGGAGCAGCUGCUGAAGCACAACAUCGGCCAGCGUGUGUUCGGUCACUACGUGCUGGGGCUGUCGCAGGGCUCGGUGAGUGAGAUCCUGGCGCGGCCCAAGCCCUGGCGCAAGCUCACGGUGAAGGGGAAGGAGCCCUUCAUCAAGAUGAAGCAGUUCCUGUCGGAUGAGCAGAACGUGCUGGCCCUGCGCACCAUCCAGGUGCGGCAGCGAGGCAGCAUCACCCCGAGAAUCCGAACACCCGAGACGGGCUCAGACGACGCCAUCAAGAGUAUCCUGGAGCAGGCGAAGAAGGAGAUUGAGUCUCAGAAGGGAGGUGAGCCCAAGAAUUCCACAGCCUCCGUGAGCAUCCCCAACGGCACCGCCUCCUCCAGCACCUCGGAAGACGCCAUUAAGAACAUUCUGGAACAAGCCCGCCGCGAAAUGCAAGCCCAGCAGCAGGCCCUGCUGGAUAUGGAGUCAGGACCCAGGGGCCGCUCUGUGCCUCCCUCUCCUCCGGAGCGGCCCUCGCUGGCCGCUGUGAGCCAGAACGGGGCCCUGGCCUGCGUGAAGCAGGAGGAUGGCGGCGGUGGCUGCAGCAGCAGCAGCUGCAGCAGCAGCAGCAGUAGCAGCAGCAGCAGCAGCAGCAGCAGCAGUAGCAGUGCGCAGGCGCCGCUGGCUGUCCUGUCCCCCGCGGCCUUUGUGCAGCGGAUUAUCCGCAAGGUGAAGUCGGAGAUCGGCGACGCCGGCUACUUUGACCACCACUGGGCGUCGGACCGCGGCCUGCUCAGCCGCCCCUAUGCCUCCGUGUCGCCCUCCCUCUCCUCCUCUUCCUCCAGCUACUCGGGACAGCCCAAUGGGCGAGCCUGGCCCCGCGGGGACGAGGCAGCCAUCGGCCCUGAGGAUGAGGCAGCCGUGGGCGAGGAUGAGCCUCCCAGGGUGGGAGAGUUCAAGACCGAGGCCGGGGUCCCCGAGGUGGGCAGCGGGAGGCUGCCCUACUACCCGGCCUACGUGCCCCGCACACUCAAGCCCACCGUGCCGCCCCUGACGCCCGAGCAGUACGAGCUGUACAUGUACCGGGAGGUGGACACGCUGGAGCUGACCCGCCAGGUCAAGGAGAAGCUGGCUAAGAACGGCAUCUGCCAGCGCAUCUUUGGGGAGAAGGUCCUGGGGCUGUCCCAGGGCAGCGUGAGUGACAUGCUGUCACGCCCAAAGCCAUGGAGCAAGCUGACACAGAAGGGCCGAGAGCCCUUCAUUCGCAUGCAGCUGUGGCUAUCAGACCAGCUGGGCCAGGGCCAGCCCCCAAGCCAGCAGCCCAGCGCCACGCAGGCCAGUCCCACUGAGCCGAGGUCCUCACCGUCACCUCCCCCAAGCCCUACGGAACCUGAAAAGACUUCCCAGGAGCCCCUGGGCCUGUCGCUGGAAAGCAGCAAAGAGAACCAGCAGCCUGAGGGUCGGGCCAGCUCCUCCCUGGGCGGGAAGCCCUUCUCAGGCAGCCAGGCUGCAGGGGGCAUCCAGGAGAUGGUGGCCAUGUCCCCAGAGCUGGACACAUACUCCAUCACCAAGAGGGUCAAGGAGGUCCUCACAGACAACAACCUAGGGCAGCGGUUGUUUGGUGAGAGCAUCCUGGGGCUGACACAGGGCUCCGUGUCGGACCUGCUGUCGAGGCCCAAGCCCUGGCACAAGCUGAGCUUGAAGGGCCGGGAGCCCUUCGUGCGCAUGCAGCUGUGGCUGAGCGACCCCCACAACGUGGAAAAACUGCGGGACAUGAAGAAGCUGGAGAAGAAAGCCUAUCUGAAGCGCCGCUACGGACUCAUCGGCACAGGCUCCGACAGCGAGUCCCCGGCUGUGCCCUCAGAGUGCCCCAGCCCCUGCCAGCAGCAGCCCCAGGAGCUGAGCCUCAUGCAGGCCAAGAAGCCACGCGUGGUGCUGGCGCCCGCCGAGAAGGAGGCGCUGCGGAAGGCCUACCAGCUGGAGCCCUAUCCCUCCCAGCAGACCAUAGAGCUGCUAUCACUCCAGCUCAACCUCAAGACCAACACUGUCAUCAACUGGUUCCACAACUACAGGUCCAGGAUGCGUCGUGAGAUGCUGGUGGAGGGAACACAGGAUGACCCAGACUUUGACCCAAGUGGGGGUCCCGGUGUCCUGCCACCAGGCCACACCCACAUAGACCCCACCCCGCAGAGCCCUGACUCAGAGGCUGAGGACCAAAAGCCCCCAAUGAAGAGCCUGGAGCUGCAGGAAUCUGAGAGUCCUGCACCCCGAGCUGCCCCAGACAGGGCUCUGGUGAGGAUUAAGCAGGAGGAGAUUACAGAGGUGGAUGAGGACAGCCAGCCCCUGGAUGUAGGGGAUCCAGACAGAGGGGAAGGCAGCCCCAAAGAGGAGCAGACCCCCGCUCUGGGGAACACUGGACUCCCAGAGCUGGCCCCCGGGCCCUUCCUUUCAGACACGCCCAACCCAGGCUGCCCUUCAUCGCACACCCCCGAAGAAAAGGAGGUUGGGGAACAGGUUCACUCAGACCCUCUGGGUUUCAAGUCCACCUCGGAAUCCUCAUGCUGCAGCCUGGAGGGGCCACCGAACUCACCCUCUGCCAUCUCUUCACCAGACCUCAUGACAUGCGUGUCACCCAUCCCCUCCUCCUCAGCCCCCAUCUCCCCGUCCCUACCUGGCGUCCCACCUGCCAAAGUGCCGAGUGCCAGCCCCACUGCUGACACAGCUGCAGCCUUGCACCCCAGCACCAAGGUGAACCCCAACUUACAGCGGCGGCAUGAGAAAAUGGCCAACUUGAAUAGCAUAAUCUACCGACUGGAGAGGGCUGCCAACCGGGAAGAGGCCCUGGAGUGGGAAUUCUGAACCGGUGGGGGGUGAGUGGUGUACCCCAGUGGUCACCUUCUCUCUCCUUCACCCCCUCCCUCUCCCAGAUGGGGUGGGGCCAGAGAGGUAAGAACUCAGCCAUGUAAAUGUGGACAGCAAUGUUAAGCCGUUUACGUUUAUUGUUGUAACACUAGUUACCUGAAGUUGUGUGUGAGCAGAUGCCACCGCCUCUUCUUUUUCACAGCCCUGCUGGUAGGAGGCACUGGGAUCCUGCCCUUGUCCCCUCCCCCGCGGGAGGCAGGACCAAAACGGCACCACAUUCUCACCCAAAAACUCCAAACUCUUUUAGAAAAAUAAAGAAAUAUUUAUAGACCUCUUUCAGCUAUUUUAAUAAAGGAUCCUUUGGAAUUUAUCCCCAGCCGAUGCUGUUUUGAUAUUAAAGAGAGUUAUAAAAUCAGAUGCUGUCACUGCUGCUGUGGAGCAGACACAGACGCUGUGUAAAUUUUUUUUUUUUUUUUUUUGCCAUGAGAUGAGAUUAAAAGACAACUGUUCAAAGCCAUCGCAAAGCACUCUUUAAGACGGACCAAAUUCAGAAAAACCCUUGGACUGCGGGUUUUGGUGUUUCUUCCCCCCCCCACGCCUGUCUGUGAGACACAGCACGAUGCUGCUGCCGCCCUUCCAGAACCCGUAUUACAAAGAGAAAGUCCAAAAGACUCUAAAUGAAAACCUCCAUGCUGCUGAGGGUGGGACCAUGCCGGCGGCCUGUCUGCAGGCUCCAGGUCGCAGGAGAUCCUGUCGCUGGUGGAAAUGUUGCCCUUAGCGAAUGUAGUGUGUUUCACAAAGGCCUCCAAGCCCGAGUUAGAAACCUCCUGUGGAUAGACAAAGUGUUUCCGGAACCUUUGGAAAACUGGGGUGUGGGGGAGGUACUCAAAGAGGGUCACUUAUGUCAGAGUGACCCUGGCUCCCAUCCUGAAUCGUGGCCGUACUUGGAAGGUUUCUCCUAAGGUCUGAGCAAGGCCACUCUAUUCCAGAAAACCCUGUGGCUUCCACCUUCCUUCCUUAUUUCUAGAAGAGAAAGCGUUGCUUCACCGUAGCCCCCCAAAGCUUAGCAACCAGCUCCGAAAACUAGAUCCAUCCAGUCAGAUACCUCAAACUCUGUUUCCCACCAUCUUCUGAAGUUAACAUCGGUGCAUCUCUGGAAAGUGUCCAGGAGUCUGUGGAACUCGGUAAGGCCAAAGUCACUACGACACGGCCACCAUAUCCCCCCACCUCUUGGUCUAUUUUCCUACACAAGACCUGCUUGUGAUCAAAAAAAUGUGACUCCUCUAACUCUGAAACAGCCUUCCUCCAACCUGAUCGGGAUUUCCAGGGAGAAAGGUCCCAUUGGAUGCGACGGCCUCCGUAUCAGAUCGGCUGUUGAGUCUCUCCAGCCUUUAUUCCUUUCUUUUUUUUUUUUUUUCCCACACUGUGGAAGCUGAACUGGCCGUGAUGAUAAAUGUGUGGGCAUCUCUGUCGCCAUUCAGUGCUCGAGGGACUAACGGCUCUUCCGAUGCAGUGACUAUCUUGAAAUCAUGUGAGCCUAAAGUUGGCCACCAGAAAGGAAAAAAAAAAUAAUGUUCUGGAAUUUCUAACUCUCAUGUGCCCAGCUGCAGACAGAUGACAUCCAACAGGCCCCGGAAAAACCUCUUUUUCCACACAUAACCCUGGCUAUGCAUUGAGAAGUUUUCCACUAUAUACGUUUUUAUCCAGAGGAGGGUAUUUUUAUAUUUUGACACGAGGAAACCAUGAUGAGUAUUCAGAGGAAUCCGUUCUGGGACAAACGAAGCCUGUCUCGGCCUCUGCCGCCCCCGUGGCUACACACCCCCACCCCCAGGGAGACCCUGCCACUUCUCAUCCUGAAACUGCCUGUUGUGGUGAUCCACGCCACACGUCGAGGCGACUCAGCAGAAUUCACUGUGGCUUUAGUGUGACGGGAUCUGGUGUUGACCUUUGACCACAGAAUCCUGGUUGUGCAGAAGCCCACGGACCUGCAAGAGAUCCAACCAGUUCACAUCCUACAACGGUUUGAAACAAGCAGACAUACCCACAAACUGUUUCUAUGAGAGAUUGAUGAUGAUGAACUUUGUCUAAAAUUUUACAAAAGGGACACAUUCUGUAAACACGUCCCUAAAUACAGAAUUGUAUAAUAAUCCUGGGUGUCCCCAUUUGUUCUGGAGCUGGGGUGCAAAAUGGGUUCAGAGUCGGUCCUCAGAGGUGUCAUACAAAAUGAGUUUUUGUUUGUUUUAAUUUUUGUUUGCAGGGUUUUGGUGGUGGUGUGUUUGUUUUAUUUUGUUUUUUUUUUUUUUUUAAGACAAGGCCUCACUAUGUAGCCCAGGCUGGCCCGGAACUUAUAGAGAUAUGCCUGCCUCUGCCUUCUGAGUGUUAGGAUUAAUUUCUUUAUUACUAUUAGGGUUUGUGCGGUAUGUGAGUGUGGAUACGUGUGUGGAGAUGAGAGAGCAGCUUGCCAGAGUUGAUUGUCUCUGUGGGUUCCAGGGAAUUGAACUUGGCCGUGAGGCUUGCGUGGCGAGUGUCUUCACCUCCUGAGCUCCCUCACCAGCUCAAAAUCAUAUAUUUAAAAAUUAGGCCUUUUUUGAUUGCUUGUUUGUUUAUAUAUUUAUCAAGACAGUGUCUCGCUGUAUAGCCCUGGCUGGCCUGGAACUCAAGAGAUCUGCCUGCCUCUGCCUCCUGAGUGCUGGGAUUAAAGGCGUACGCCACCA